AUGUCUUUGUCAGCUUUAGGUGGAAGUGGUGCUGGGAGGUCAAAGGAAACUUCUGGUCAUAUAAAGCCUGAUGAUCCAGCUGCAACGAGACUGUCCUCUAAAGGGAUAUCGACACCAGUAAGGUCACCGGGCCCCAUGGGUAACCCAUUCUCCCAAGAUAUUCCACCAGAUAUGUCCAUGCUUCUUCAAAAUUUAGAAGCUGACUUCAUGGAGCAUAAAACCAUAGAUCAAUGGACUUACAUUAAUAGAAGAGAAGAAAUCAUGCAAAAUGUUAAUCGGAUUCAUCAACAACAACAGGAGCAAUUCUUAGAAAUAAAUUCGGCUAAGCUUCAAAAACCAUUGGAUCCUCGAAUGGGGGCUGAUCUUCUGAAUGGGUUGAACACAUCGCCCGAAUAUCUAUUGGAUGUAUUAGCUAGUAGAGCCCACCUAUAUAAGACUGAGCUGGCGUUUAUGGUGAUUGACAUCAAGGGUAAGGAAGUUUCGUCUAUAACAUGGGAAAAGCUCUAUUUGAAAGCGUUGAAAGUUGGUUAUGAGAUAAAGCACAGGAUGGCACUUAAACAUAGUGAUACUGUAAUAUUGCUUUAUAAGGAUGGCGAGGUCACGGAGUUUGUCAUUGCAUUGUUUGGAUGUUUCUUCGCUGGAGUGACAGCUAUUCCUAUUCACCAAGAUAUAUCAUUGCAUGAGGUUUUAGAAAUCAUCAACUGGAACUCAUCAAAGUUACUUCUAUAUACCGACACAGUUGCCAAAGAAAUUGACAAGCUCAGCGCAUCCUCUCUGAAGAUUCAAUGGCCAUCGAAACUUGUGCGUUGGCGAACAACAGAGUUUGGAUCUGCAAAGAAAACGGAUGUGGCUAACUGGAAGUCCAAACAAUAUCUGCAGAAAGGAACUGUGUCUAAGGACAACUUAGCUUAUGUGGAAUAUUCAAGAUCACCAGUCGGUGAGCUCAGAGGCAUUGCUUUGACCCAUUCAACAAUCUUACACCAAAUGAACUGCCUUAAUGAAACGCUUCUGAGUAUGCCAGAGUCUGGAGGAAAUCUUCGAAGAGAUCACAAGCACUACAGUAGACACUCUAAAGUAGUUUUGGCUACUCUAGAUAUCAGAUUUUCAAUUGGCAUGAUAUUGGGUAUAUUAUUCAAUGUUUACUCAGGUAAUUUACUUAUUUGGGCACCUCAAAGGGUCAUGGAGAUUCAAGGUUUGUAUGCUAACAUAGUUUCAAAGUGCCACGCAUCUUUAUUGUUGGGGGAUUACAUUGGUUUGAAGAGGGUCACUUAUGACUAUCAGCAAGCCCCCAAUUCGACAAGGUACUUUUCUAAAACGCAAAAGGUAGAUUUCUCCUCCGUCAAAUGGGUUUUAGUCAAUGCCUUAACUAUUGAUGGGGAGUUUAUUGAGAUUUUGUCGCAACGAUAUCUACGUCCUUUAGGUUGCCAACAUCCUGAAAAUGCGAUAAUUCCAAUGCUAACGUUAAGCGAAUAUGGAGGAAUGGUCAUUUCAUUAAGAGACUGGCUAGGAAGAACAGAGAAUCUAGGCUUAGAAGGUAUUCAAGAUGAAGCUGACACUGGUCCAGGUGACUUGUCAGCAGUAUUGAUUGAUAAGGAAUCUUUAUCAAGAAAUAUUGUUAAAGUUGUUGAUACUAACCCUUCAUCAUCAGAUGACAUAUCUCCAGACACCUUGAGAGUCGAUGCAUUUGGUUACCCCUUGCCUGAUGCUUCUUUGGCCGUCGUCAAUCCCGAGCUGUCUAUUUUAGUCUGCAAAGAGGAGUUAGGAGAAAUAUGGGUUGACAGUCCUUGCCUCUCUGGGGGCUUUCAUGGCCUGAGUCAAGGCUCCAAACAAAUAUUUCAUGCUAAGUGUCGAGAUGCGAAUGGUGUUAGUGAAAGAGAAUUCUUGAGAACCGGGUUGUUGGGAUUUACAAUGAAAGGUAAGGUUUAUGUUUUGGGAUUAUAUGAAGAUCGCAUUCGCCAAAGGAUCAGUUGGAUGGACCAAAAGUUAUACCAAAAGCUCCAAAAAGAUCUUAUUAUAGAUAAUGGGUCUAGGUAUCAUUACUCCUCACAUUUAUUAGCUACUUUGGCAAAAGAAGUCAGAGAGGUAUAUGACUGUACAAUAUUUGAUAUUUUUAUUGGCAAUGAAUAUUUGCCCGUGGCAAUUGUCGAAGCAGAGGUAAUUAAAGCCAUGGAAGAUGGGACUGAUUCGAAUGGACAAACAACGGGCUCUAAUAGAUCAAUAAAAGGUGCUGAAGGUGAAAAUGGUCAGGUAAAGAGUCCCAUUCCCUUGAAUGAGCCCGCUUUAAACUUGGUUGCUCAGAAAUGUUUCGACAAACUUUAUAAGCAUCAUUUCUUGCGCUUGUACUGUGUCGUAGUUGUUGACUGUGAUACCUUGCCAAAGAUAAUGAGAAGUGGAGGUCGUGAAAUCGCUAAUAUGCUAUGUAAAAAGAGAUUUCUUGAAGGUAGCUUGAAAGCUGAAUUUGUGAAAUUCUUCGUGAGAAAGUCCAUAAGUAUGAUUCCUUACGGUGAAGAUAUUAUUGGCGGAAUCUGGUCUCUGUAUGCAUCAGAGUUGAGGAGCCUUGCCCUAUCGAAGUUUCCUAGACAAGUUUCAAAUAUUGACUAUAGAGAAAAGUCAGUAGACGAGAAGACUGGUGCACCUCUCACAGAUUUUAAAACCAUUACUGAUGUUUUGAAAUUCAGAGUCGCAAGCUCUGGCGAUGCGAUAGCAUUGCAAAAUAUUGAUCAUAGCGGAAAGUCUUCUUCGAAGCCAUUGACGUGGAAGAAAUUUGAACAUAAAAUUUAUGCGGUUUGCCAUUACAUGAUUGAAAAAGCUGCUAUCAAACCAGGACAAUAUGUGAUGUUGAUGUUUUCGUUAUCAGAAGAGUUUGUAAUUGCAGUGUAUGCAUGUCUUAUAUGUGGAAUUAUUCCUAUCCCGUUGUUGCCAUUUGAUUCGAAUAGAAUUGGGGAAGAUUUUCCAGCUUUCGUUGGGAUCAUAAAAGAUUUUGGAAUUCAGGAUAUCUUGGUAAAUGAGGACGUCGAAAAGUUUCUAAAAAAUGGUCCGAUGGCAGACUCAUUAAAACGCCUCACAAGCAAGAAAAGGAACGGUCUCAAGAUAAAAAACACGACGAAGCUUACAAAGGUUUCGAAUGUUGCAUCAUUGAAUUCCAAAAUUUCGAGGUAUCAAGCGGCAGUCAAUUUUCGUGAUGAGAAGACGACUGCACUUAUCUGGUUGAACUUUACUUCAGACUAUUAUAGAGUAGGUGCAACACUAAGUCAUAAAAGCAUUAUGGGAAUAUGCAAAGUUUUCAAAGAGACGUGUAACUUAACUUCCCAUUCAGCUAUUGUAGGAUGUGUCAGGCAUUCUUCAGGAAUUGGAUUCGUACAAUCAGUAUUGUUGGGCGUUUACUUAGGAACUACAACCUAUUUAAGCUCUCCUGUGAGUUUUGCAGAAAAUCCCUUGGCUCUUUUCCUUUCUUUAGCUCGUUACAAGGUUAAAGAUGUCUUUGUUACCGAACAAAUGCUUAAGUAUGCUGCAGUUAAAUUUAAUCCAAAGGGCUUUAAUUUAUCAAACCUAAAGAAUAUGAUGAUAAGUACUGAUGCAAGGCUUGAAAUUGAUUUAUUGAGAAAGAUUGCAAAAGUCUUUCAGCCUACAAACUUGAGUGCAGCAUCUUUAUCGACAGUGUACAACCAUUGCUUCAAUCCAAUUAUAUCUACACGUUCAUAUAUGAAAGUCGCGCCUGUGGAUUUAUAUUUGGAUCCUAUUGCUCUUCGGCAAGGUUACAUUUCUAUUGUUAAUCCUGCUGACAUACCCAAUGCUCUUCACAUCCAGGAUUCUGGAAUUGCUCCUGUUUGUACUGAAAUUGCUGUCGUGAACCCAGAAACUAACAGGAUGUGUAAAGAAGGAGAAUUCGGCGAAAUAUGGGUCUAUUCAGAAGCAAAUUUAACUUCAUUUACCAAUGGACCAAAUGGGCCAGUUGAUAAAUUUACUAAUAACCAAUUUGAGGCAAGGAUCAAUGGAGGCAAUCCAAAUGUGACGUAUUUGAGAACCGGGGACCUUGGAUUUUUGCAUAAUAUAUCAAUUAGCAGAAAUAGAGAAGAUGACAAGAAUCUUGAAGAUGAAAAAGAGAUGGUUACUUCAUUCCAACCACUUUUCAUCUUGGGAAAAAUAGCGGAAACAUUUGAAGUUAUGGGCUUGCACCACUUUCCUAUUGAUAUAGAGAAUACUAUUGAAUCAUGUCAUUCAGAUAUAUACAAGAAUGGGGCUUGCAUAUUUAAAUGCUCUGACUACACGAUAGUCGUUUGCGAGGCAAAGAGAUCGAGGUAUUUUGCUUCUCUCGUUCCGUUAAUAGUAAAUACUGUUUUGAGUAAGCAUCAUAUAAUCGUCGACAUUGUUGCUUUUAUUAGAAAAGGAGAGUUUCCUAUAUCGAGACUAGGUACCAAGCAAAGAGCAAGAAUCAUAGAUGCUUGGGUCCAGGGCGUGAUUCCAAUUGUUGCUCUGUAUGGUGUGAACUACGGUGAGAAUAGUAUGAUUAAGCUUGUUAAGGAAAUUGACUCUGUCGCAAGAGAUCAUCCUAUUACAGGUAUUAAGAAUCCUGCGAUGUUUUACGACCCAGAUCUUACAUAUGAGAAUAAAAAUCCUUUCGACUCGUACGGAGAGAGCUUGACGUUGAAUGAUACUUCUUCAAACCUAACAACUAGCAAUUCCGGAGAGGCUUUGUCUUUUGCUGUCUCAAACAGAAUAUAA